UAGAAGUAUAGAACGUCCAAAGAGAAAAGGAAAGUCAAAUAUUGGUACACGUUCGCUAAUCACUGGCACUGCUCCUCUAUCUCUCUUUGCUUUUGAAUUUUUGUUCUCUUUUCCAAACAAACUGAAAUUUCAAAUCACUAACUAACUAACAGAGAGAGAGAGAGAGAGAGCGGUUAUGGCAGUAGUGUUCAGCAACCUCUCGUCUGUGUCGCUCCCGAGUCAACUCGGUAACUCGAGGCGCUUUUUCUUCAAAUCCUGUGCACGACCACGACUCUUCGAUAAAAGUAUUUUCGCGGGAAAAGUUCGAGCUUCUUCAACGGCCUUUGUCGAGGCCAAGCCCCCAACGGAACCUAUUGUGGUUGAAAAUGAAGUUAGCAGCAGCAAGAGCAUUUUAGCUUGUCCUAUAUGCUACGAAUCGUUAACGUUGAUUGGCAAUCGUGUCUUAUCUGUAGAUUCUGCAGCUGGGUCUACUUUACAAUGUAACACUUGUAAGAAGUCUUUCUAUGGCAACCAAACACAUUAUGACAUGACGGUGUCUAGUGGGGCCAAGGACUAUGGCGCGCCGAUGCCACCUGCCACAGAGAUUUUCAGGUUUCCAUUGAUAUCUUUUCUCUAUGAGAGGGGCUGGCGUCAAAGUUUUUCUAUGGGUGGUUUUCCAGGCCCAGAGAAAGAGUUUGAAUUGAUGAGGGAUUUCUUGAAGCCAGCUUUAGAUGGAAAUAUAGUUGAUGCUAGUUGUGGGAGUGGGUUAUUUUCAAGACUAUUUGCCCAGAGUGGAUUGUUUUCUCUUGUCAUUGCUCUGGACUACUCAGAGAACAUGUUGCGGCAAUGUUAUGAAUUCAUUAUGCAGGAGGAAACUUUUCCAAAAGAGAACUUAACCUUGGUCAGAGCUGAUAUCUCUAGGCUUCCUUUUGUUUCAAGUUCUGUUGAUGCUGUGCAUGCUGGUGCUGCUCUACACUGUUGGCCUUCACCAUCAACAGCUGUAGCUGAAAUUAGUCGAGUUCUUCGACCUGGCGGAGUGUUUGUUGCUACCACCUACAUACUUGACGGGCCUUUUGCUUUUGUCCCAUUUUUGAGGAGACAACGCCAGAAUAUAGCGGCAAUAUCAGGCAGCCAUAUCUUCCUAUCUGAACGUGAACUACAAGAUCUCUGCACAGCCUGUGGAUUAGUUGGCUUUACAAGUAUAAGAAAUGGGCUUUUUGUGAUGAUCUCUGCUUCAAAACCCAAUUAAGGAUUUGGCAACCUGCUGCUCUCCACCGUCUUCUCUAAUUUUUUUUGGUUAAUAGAACUACAUUUAUAUAAGAUGUUGUUGCCAAACAUCUGGGUUCGAAUCUCAUAUAUCAUAGGUCCUUUUAAAUAUAGAGAGAUCAUGGUGUCCAAUUAUGUAAAUGAAAUUUGUCAUAAGAUGAUUGUGCAACGCAAAUAAAGGUGAAAGCUUAUAACUUC